AUGAACUGGACGUGUGGUGUUGCCAUCACGAAAGCCAAAGUGGAUUUCUCCGGUGUGGUGUGCCUGCCCCCUUCCGUCAUUGCUGGAAAUGGGCUGGACGGAGGAGGGGCUGGCGAAAAUGAUGACGAGCCGGUGCUGGUGUCGCUUUCGGCGGCCCCCAGCCCGCAGAGUGAAGCUGUUGCCAAUGAGCUGCAGGAGCUCUCCUUGCAGCCCGAGCUGACCCUUAACCUCCAUCAUGGCCGAAACCCCAACCUUCCUCCGCUCAGUGAACGGAAGAAUGUGCUGCAGUUGAAGCUCCAGCAGCGACGCACACGGGAGGAACUGGUGAGCCAAGGGAUCAUGCCGCCUCUGAAAAGUCCAGCUGCAUUUCAUGAACAAAGAAGGAGUUUGGAGCGGGCCAGGACAGAGGACUAUUUGAAACGGAAAAUCCGUUCCCGGCCAGAGAGAUCCGAGCUGGUUAGGAUGCACAUUCUGGAAGAGACCUCAGCUGAACCCUCCUUGCAGGCCAAGCAGCUGAAGCUAAAGAGAGCCAGGCUGGCAGAUGACCUCAAUGAGAAGAUAGCGCAGAGGCCAGGUCCCAUGGAGCUGGUGGAGAAGAAUAUCUUACCUGUGGAAUCGAGCCUGAAGGAAGCCAUUAUCGUUGGACAGGUGAACUACCCAAAGGUUGCAGACAAUUCCUCCUUUGAUGAGGACAGCAGUGAUGCCCUCUCCCCAGAACAGCCAGCCAGCCACGAGUCCCAGGGGUCUGUCCCAUCGCCGAUGGACUCCCGGAUUUGUGAGCCUCUCCCCAGCACCACUGGCACAUCACUAGCUCAGGGUACCUCCCAACUGCAGAUUGGCACAGACUCCAGCGAAACUCUCUUCCUACCAGAACAGCCACCCCCACCUCUACCACCUCCACCUCUUCUGCCUCCAAGUCUUACCAAUGGAGCAGCUCUUCCUGCUGCCAAGCCCCCACCAACACUCAUUAAGCAAAGCCAGCCCAAGUCUGCUAGUGAGAAGUCUCAGCGCAGUAAAAAAGCCAAGGAGUUGAAGCCGAAAGUCAAGAAGCUUAAAUACCAUCAGUAUAUCCCCCCGGACCAAAAGCAAGACAAGGGAGCUCCUCCCAUGGAUUCAUCCUAUGCCAAAAUACUGCAGCAGCAGCAGCUCUUUCUCCAGCUCCAGAUCCUCAACCAGCAGCAACAGCACUACAACUAUCAGACCAUCCUGCCAGCCCCACCAAAGCCUCCAGGAGAGCAGCAGAGUGGUGCCAGUGCCCCUGCUGUACGCAGCCUCUCUGCCACAGUCAGCAGCACGUCUUCGGUAUCCUCUGGUUCCAGCGGGCUGAUGAGACAAAACAGUAAUGCUGCAGUGGGCAAGCCUGGCCCUCUCCCUGCCAACCUCGAUGAGAUGAAGGUAGCAGAGCUGAAGCAAGAGCUGAAGUUGAGGGCUUUGCCUGUGUCGGGCACAAAGACGGACCUGAUUGAGCGUCUCAGAGCUUACCAAGAGCAGAACAGUGCAGCUGGCCAAACAACCUCCACUCCCAAGCCCAGCACAGCAGCCGUCCUCCCAAAAGCUGCCGAAGUGGUGGUGGCCUUCCCUGCUGCCAGGCUGAGCGCAGGGCCAGCCCUGGUCACCACUGGCAUUGCACCAGCAGAGGUGGUUGUGGCCACCGUCACCAGCGGUGGCGUGAUGAAGUUCGGCAGCACGGGCUCCACUCCUCCUGUUUCUCCGACUCCUUCCGAGCGCUCGCAGAUGAGCACGGGGGACGAGAACUCGGCCACCGGAGACACCUUCGGAGAGAUGGUGACUUCACCCCUGACCCAGCUCACCUUGCAAGCGUCUCCAGUGCAGUUCCUGGUGAAGGAAGAAAGCUCCAAGUCCGCUUCGUGCAGCGUAAACGCGGCGGCCAGGCCGGAGCGGUGUAACGCCGGCAACAGCAGAGAUGCGGAAGUUAGAGACAAAGACCAGAUGCUGCAGGAGAAGGACAAGCAGAUCGAGGAACUCACCCGCAUGCUGAAGCAGAAGCAGCAGCUGGUUGAGAUGCUUCGACUCCAGCUAGAGCAGGAGAAGCGCUCUCAGCAGUCACUGCCGGCCCCGGCGGCUGCGGGAGAAGGAGCGGCCCUCGCCUCCAACCCAGUGGCGUUCGGCAUCCAGGUCAAGAGCGAAAACGGUUUCCUGAGCUGCCAGUCUGCAAAGCAAUCCAGUGGCCAAACCGACCAAUUCAGCCCCGCGCCGAGCGCCAGCCAAACGGACCCUUCGAGCGGCAGCCCCGUGCCAAAGCAGGCCGUGCGGGUGAAGCAGGAGGCGCCGGCUGCCACCGCUGCUGCCGCCGCCGAGGCAGAGCCGCCGCCCGCCCAGUCCCACAGCCCGUGCCUCUUCCUCGGCCAGCAAGGCAGCGCCCUGAGCCACCUCAUCAAGAGCACCCACCCUCCCCCCACCCUCAUCACCGACUCCACAGGGACCCACAUCGUCCUCACCGUGACCAAGCAGCAGAGCGCUGAGAGGCAGGGCCUCUCGCCCCACGGGAAGGCAGGCAGCAGCUGCCCGGCCUUGCAGAGAGUACAAUCAUCACCUGCUAAAACUUCCAGCCAACCAUCGUGUCAGCUACCUGCAAGCACCCCUCAGCAGCCCACGCAGCAGCAGAAGCAGCAGCCCACUCAGCAGCAGAAGCAGCAGCCCCUGCAACAGCAGCCCAGAGGACUAAAUCAAUCUGUCAGAAAGCCCUCAUCGCAGCCCGGCUCUCCUGCUGCCCCUUCCCCAUCCCAGAUGGACCUGGAGCAGCAACAGCACACGUCGCUUUUUGGAACUCCUCCACCUCCUCUCCCUGUUCCCUCGGUCCCAAUGAAAGAGCCACCAGGCUAUGAAGAGGCCAUGAAGCAGCAGCCAAAGGCCCAGGAGAACGGCUGUUCCAGCCAGCAGAUGGACGACCUGUUUGACAUUCUCAUUGAAAGCGGAGAGAUUUCUGCUGACUUCAAGGAUCAGUCGUCCCCAGCUGGGAAAGAAGCGCCGGUGGCCGCAGCCUGCUCACCACCGCCCGGCAGCCACCCUUCCCCGGAGCUGGCCGUGCCCGUGUCCUUGGGGCAGCCCGUGGGCCGGCUGGAGGACUUCCUGGAGAGCAGCACCGGCCUCCCGCUGCUGACGGCAGGCCACGAUGGGCCCGAGCCCCUGUCCCUGAUCGAUGACCUCCACAGUGAGAUGCUGAGCAGCUCGGCCAUCCUGGACCACCCGCCUUCACCUAUGGACACCUCGGAAUUGCACUUUGCUCACGAGCCGUCCGGGGGCAUAGCCCUGGAUCUGGCUGAGGCUAACUUGGACAGCAUGGACUGGCUGGAGCUGCCGGGGGGCCCCGUCAUGAGCCUGGCUCCCCUUAGCACUGCGGCUCCCAGCCUCUUUUCCACAGACUUCCUUGAUGGACACGAUCUGCAGCUGCACUGGGAUUCUUGCUUGUAACUCCGUGAGCAGAGACUGAAGGGAGCGGGAAGGGGAGGGCACGAGCAUGCAGGGGGAAGAGGCCAGUCAACCAAAAACAACAAAAAAAGAAGAAGAAAAAAAAACCCAAACAAAAAAAAAAGAGAAAAAAGAAAAAAGGAGCUCCUGGUGUUUGUUCUCCUGCCCCAACCAACAGUGUCCUUCCUGCACCACGCCGGCAGCCGCGACACCGUAGUCGCGCUGCUCGAGUCCCUGCUGCCUGGGCAGCGGGCCAGGCCCGGGCAGGGAGAACGGCUGCUGGCGGGGGAAGAAGAGGCUGCGGGAGCUCCGGGGCUGGCGGCGGCCUCCCGCCCCCUCCGUGCAGCCUGGCCCAAGCCCAGGGAGAAGGCAGCGGGCAGCCCCUGUUCCUGUGGGCAGAGGCAGCGAUGGCAGGGCGCGGUGCUGCUGGGCAUGUGAGUUCCCUCAGGCCUCGCUGUUCCCAGCAGCAGCCCCCUCCCUGUGCCUGGCUGGGAUUGGCAAAUAAAGGGGGGUCGUGCUGCCCUGUCUUUACGGUUGCAGAAGGGGAUUCUACCUCUGGAGCAGGACAUGAAGGUGGGAGUGCUGGUGGGGGCCCAAAUGACCGCCCUCUGCACCACACACCGUCAAGUCGGGGAGGGUCUGCUCUGCCCCAGGGCCGGGAGGAGCUGGGCAGAACAGGCACCUUUCCCAAACGUAGCCAAAGGGAACCAGGGUUCCCCACCAACCUGGUAACGUCUAAGCUGGUUUCCCAAAUACUGUGGAGCUCGGCAGAGGCCUGCCUGCUUACUGCACUCGCUUUGGGCUGCAAAACAGAUGUUUUAAGGUGCUAAAAUCCAGGUCCUUACAUGUUAAAUCUGUCCUCUGGUGCUCCAGAGCUCUGGCUGUGCCCAGAGGCCCUGUGUGUGUGAGGCCCCCUCCCCAGCCCCAGCCCCACAGAACUUUUAACACCCCCAGGACGCUCAGCUGGUGUUGGGGGGUAGGGACAAGAAUGUGUCUGUGUGUCUGUCCUGGGGAGCGUGUGAGGGGCACAGCUAGCAACAAGCGACAUAUCAUUAGGGGCCAUGUGCAAUCUGUCUCCUGCCUUCAGCUGUGCUGUUGCCUCCCUCGAGCAGGAGCCCCAGGGGAAAGAAGCAGCUGGGGCUGUCAGAGCCAAGAGGCAGGGACAGAGGGACAGGGAAGCAGCACCGCGCAAGGGCAGUGGUGUGGCAGGGCACAGGUCUGAGCUCAAUGUUGUGGCUGUGAGGGGACAGUGGCUGGGCAGCCUGCCCUAUGUGCUCCCAGCCCUCCAGACUUCUGGGGCACAAGGCAAAAGCCCCCUUUUUUGGGGGGGGUCAUGAGGCCUUGGGGGAGCUGCUGACACACGAGCAGAAGUGUACCCCAGGGCCCCAGAGCCGUGACAAUGCUGUUCCUUGUGCAAGGUUUUGCACUGGAAACUCGGGCCUGCAGCUUUCUCUCUCUCUCUCCUGCUGUCACUUCUAAAUUCCUGUGUUUGUUAGUAGUAACUCACGGGCAUAUUUCCCAGGUGAGACACAGUCCUGCAUCCAGGGCUCACAAAGGCAGUAGCUUUUGAAAUCAUAGGGACUAAGGUGCUGACUCUGCUCAGGCACUGGAAGGACAAACUGCCAUCCUUUGCAGUAUCUCCUGGGGAAUGCUGUCCCCUGGCACCUGGCCUCUCUGUCUUGAGGGGAGGCCUUGCCCCAGGGGUGCAGGUACCACAACGUGCUCUCUGUUGACCCCUAAGCUGGCAGCCAGGCGGGGUCACGCCUGUCUUGCAGCUGAGAGAAACUCCUGUUUUCCUGAGCCCUAUUUGCCUGUUCAUGGGGAGCCACUUUCUUAAUCAUUUGCAGGGGGAGCCUGCUGGCAGCUUCCUUCCUUUCUGUCUCUGUCUCUCCCCUCUCCCCCACCCCAACCACCAGCUGUAAGCAAGUCAAAGUCUCUUAUCUGCCUCCCUCAGUCUCCAAGCUGGAGAAGAUACCCCCUUCCCCACUCUCCACCCUGUUCCCCAAGCUACAGUGUCACGUCCUAAAAAUCAGAUUAACUGGGACUGGUGGACACCCCUUCCCACCCCCUGCCCUUGAGCCUUCCUGGUGCAGCACUGGUGCUUGUGGGAGCUGUGGCAGUUGCCUUACAGAGCUCAACCCCAGGACCAGAUGGACAAAGAAGGCAAGUGGUUUCUUAGGAGGAAAGUAUGGAAGUUGUUGGGGAAGAUCUUUCAAAGGAUAAGGGGGUAAAAAGUGAGGCUGCCAACUGUUUAUCAAACUCAAGCAAAAUCAGCUGCUCUUAGCCCACAGUGACCAGCAGCCCCCACCCCAACCCUACCCCGAGCUGGGUGAUUUCUUUUAUACAAAUCAUUGCAAAGCUGCAAGCAGUAAAAGACUGAAAUCAUGGAAGUGCAGUGAGCACCGAGGGAAGGUGGGCACAACCCCCUUCAGCCCCAGCUUGACCCAGCCCUGCUCCUCGCCUGGGCCAGGCACCUCACACUGUGUUGGCAGAGAGAUGCCAAUGCCCGUUACUGAUUUGGCCCUUCCCAAGAGUCGCUGGUGAAGGGGCCAAGCUCACAGCUGCUCCCUUGCACCUGUGCCCACCUCCCUUCAUUUGUGAAACUCUGUAGGAGUUUGACAUUAAAAUUGCCCAGAAUACUUGAAAUUGGAUGAUGAUGGGCUCGAGAGCCCUCAAGGAGCCCAGGAGCUACAGACCCACGAGCCUCCCCUCACGGCAAACCUGCCACAGCCUCUCUGCAGGAGCUGCUGCUGCCAGGACAGCGAGCCAUAACCCUGUGCCCAGGGGCAGGGCAGGGGGAAGAUGGUGCCUCCUCCCAGGAAAUAUCAGAGCCUUUGCCCCACGCAGUGCCCGGAGCAGGCCAGCCCAGUUCUCUGCUUUCUUACUAUUAUUUGUUUGAAUAAUAGUUCCAUAGUUCUUUGUCAGAAGAGGUUAUUCCCUUGGACAUACAUACAUGGGGUUGGGGUUUUUUUUUGCACCCAUUGGGAAAACAAACAAUGAAGUCUGGUGUUCUGCCUCUACCUUGAAUGUAAUCCUGAAUCUUUCUGCUGUAACCACUACUUGUUUGUAACGUGUAUUUGACUAGCACGCACUCUCCCUUCCACUAUGCAGCGACCGGCGAGGGCUGAGCAGCACCAUCAGAGACGGAUGGUGUUGGGGCGUGGGAUCCAGAGCGAGUAUUCAACUGGAAAAGGAUAAAAAGUGACAAGAUAACGGGGGAGAGAAUGGAUCUUUAAAUUGAAUUAUUUUUUCAGUUACAAAUAUUUGAGAAAAGAAAAAAAAAAUCCAUUUUAUUAAAAAAAAAUCCAAA